AUGCCACGUGGGUUAAGUUCUUCCAAAUUCGCAUUGUUAGUUAUUGAUAUGCAAAACAAUUUUGCUUCGGUGGCAAAACCAAUACUCUCUGAAGUCAAUGCUACGAUAGUCAGUGCUCGCCGUGCUGGUAUACCUGUGAUUUUUACUCAACAUGGUCAUCCAGAUCCCGAAAAUGAAGAGAAAACUUCUGUUUUAGUUCGAUGGUGGGGCGCGUCGGGUUCAAUUCGUAAAGGUUCAUUCGAUUGGAAACUUUUAUCCGGUCUCGAUGUUGCGCCCAACGAAACUGUUCUCGAUGAAAAAAACACUUAUGAUGCGUUUCAUGGAACUCGAUUGAAGUCUCUCUUGGAUGAACGAAAUGUCGAUACAUUAAUUAUCUCUGGUGUAAUGACACAACUUUGUUGCGAAACCACAGCACGUUCAGCUUUCGUGCAAAACUAUAAUGUUAUCUUUCUAUCAGACGGCACCGGUCCACCUUGCGAAGCAACGUUGAAAACAAUUGCUUUUGGUUUUGGUCGUGUACUUACUUGUGCUGAAAUGCGAGAAAAACUCGAUAAAACUGCUAAGGAUUAA